GUAGACCCACCCCUCCUGAACACUCUCCUCAUGAGCUUUCCUCGGUUCAAUCAAAUAGACAACUUUAUUUUUCUUUGCUGUUUGUCCUCAAGAAUACAUUGUGUUCAACGAAAUCUGACAUACAUUUUUAAGGUUCUAAUCAGAGUCCGUGAGAUGCUGGUGUGAAUGGUGACAGGUUUUGUCUUUUCCCUGAGACCCAGGGAGCCAUGAUGCAGGGGGCCAUAGCACGGGUGUUUGUGGUAAUGGCAGCGGCCAUCAUGAACAACCCUCUGCUCUUCCCCCGGGAGAACACCACCCUGCCAGAGCAAGACCCGGCGCUGCUGACCCGCAUGAGGGAGCAUGAGGAGAAGCUUAACCUGGAGAAGGUGCGGUUGGAGCAAGAGCUUUUGAAUACAGACACGGAGCAGCAGGACCUUGACUCAGAGACUGGCUACAGCUGGUACUUUUGUAGCGCCCUCUCGCUGUUAAUUUUCUUCGCUAUUGAGGUGUUCCGGCAGGAUCUGACAGACAUGGAAUCCCGAUACAUUGAUGAUGAGGAUGGGUUUGUUGAGGGGAUAUCUAUCAGUUCCAAGGCACUCAUGCUUGAUAAGGAAGUCCUAAAUGGCUUCUGUGAGAGAUGCAUCCACACCUCAGCCCAUGAGAACUGGAGGGUGCGGGAGUUUGUGGAGGGCUUUGCUGACGACCUUCUAGAGUCCCUGAGAAGUGUGUGUGACAGGGAGGUUGACAUGGAGGUGGGGGACUUUGUGGGCAUCGGGAGCAUGUUUGAGUCGUGGAGGGUGAGCAAACCCCUGAUGUGUGAUCUCAUCGUCCCUUUUGCCCCACCAGAACCGUACUCAUUCCAGUUCCAGCUGUGGUGCAGCCCCUCCAGUGAUGUCCCCCUGGAUAUGCAGGGCUGUGCCAGGAUCAAGGUGACCAAGGUCAGGAAGAAUGAGGAUGCCUGCCUCUGCGGUUCUGCCAACCUGGGUGAGGACUUGUUAUGUUUGCUGCAUGGCAAAAAUGAGCAGCCUAGAGCAGACUACACUCCAGAUGACCUUCUGUGCUGCAGGAACACGCCUUAUCUAGGAAAGGACCAAGUCAUGAAGUGGUUUCAGGUCUCCGUGACCAAAGCCUGGGGACGUAUUUCUCAUAAAUAUGAAUUUGAGCUCACUUUUCGCGACCUUGACGCUGUUGGAGCGCUGAAGGUCCGAUUCCGCUCAGGAAAGGUUGUUGUGAUGAACAUCGUCCCUGUCGUGCAACUAAAGGACACCGAUUCCUACUUUGUGUCACACUUCCCCUUUGACAACAGCAGCAGCUCAGACACUUACUGGACCCUUUCCUUCGCUGUCUAUGAGAGAAACCUGCUCAGACAUUUUGCUAAAAGCCUGCCUGAAAAUGCCUGCCACCUCCACUGCCUCCAAAUCGUCACUUUCCUACACCAGAAACAGAUUGGUCUAACGGGCAUGUGUGCUUUGACAAACUACCACCUGAAGACGACUCUGUUGCACCUGUUGUUAAGUAGAGGCUCCUCUAGCUGGAGCUCUGAGAAUCUGAAGCACAGACUGCAGGACAUGCUUGGUUUCAUACACAGGAGUCUUCAGGAGAAAAGACUCUGUCACGCUAUUGUCGGAAAUUGCAAAGUUCCAUCAGAAAUCCAGGUUCCCACAAUGUUCCGCACGGUGGAACCCAUCAAUCUUUUUCGUCCACUGGUAUUACAGAGAAAGCUUUAUACUGACACCCUUCAGCAUUUCCAGGAGAUGCUCAGGAAUGCUUCUGUUCUGAUAAGAGAGUACACACCUUUGUUACAAAAUGGAGACAUCAGAGUCAACUCAAUGUAACAGUAUGACUGCUUUGAUGCACUGGAAUUAGUGGAGGUAUACAUUUGUUAAAAUGUUCUAAGCGAUGACCAAUAAUUAUUUUGAGAUGGAUGUUAAGGGUUAGUUUUUUGUAAGUUACCAAAGAGUAUUUUUAGUAACAGUACUGUUUCAAAGAUUUAUUGAUGGCAUACAAAUUAGCAGAUGACAUCUCAGGGGAACCAAAAUGCUUGGACUGACCCAUGAGCAACAUGGUUGAUUUUAAUGAAGUAACUAACAUAAAACAAAAUUAGAAAUGUUUAUUUAGAUAUAUUAUUUAUACAUUUGAAUUCUAACAAGGACCAUAUAUGUUGUAGUAUGGAUAUAUUUUUUACAAGACAAUUUUAGGAUUAUUAUGCUUUUUGGCAGGAAAGUGGUGAAAGAAAGUCACUGCUUUCUGUGACUGUAGUGCUGUAGUAUGAGUUUGAAAUAGAACGUUUUUGGGGAAAUAAUAUAUUUCCCCAAAAAUGUAGUUUUAAAAUGAUUGUUAUCCCCCUUUUCAUUCCUUUGUGCACCCUCCCUUGCAAAGAUAACCACACUGACGUUUAAAAAUGCUUUGCUUCAUGCAGAGUUUUCCCAGAUCGUUCAAUCUGCACUUUUAGAUUACCAUCUUUGAAUCAGUUCUGGGACUAAGGUGGCUAUUGUAAAUGUUGAUUUCUGUGGUUAAUUAACCAUUUUCAAUGUGAUUUCAAUGUGUGUGUAAGCUCAUUGUCAUAAUAGAAGAUUAUCUCCUGACGGAGACAACCAGGAUUUGGCCAAAACAACUUGGUACUACUAAUGUUUAUAAUGCUGUUGACCUUAACAAGGGGAAGUGGGCUUUCAAAUGGGUCUUAAUUUAAAAUGUGUAAAAGAAAUCCGAACAAAAACUGCAGGUCUCCAGUGGAAAGUCCCAAAUGUAGGCUAAGAUAGUAAAAUGCUAAUUAAAUUAGUCUACAUAUUUACCUGGUGUAAUUUUAAAAUAUUUUUAUGUGGACCAGAAGGAUUCUUUUAUACUUAUUCUUAUUUUAUUCUUUUUAUUGUUUCCACAUUGGGAAUACACUAUAUAGAUCUCUCUCUCUCACACUCUCUCUCUCACACACACACGCUCUCUCUCACACACACGCGCGCUCUCUCUCACACA